AUGGAGCGAAACGAGGGUAUCAUAAGAUGGUCGCCAAAUGCUUCACGGGACGAGUUUAUGGUCCUGAACCUGAAUCAUAGGAUCAUUCAGCUAUACGGAGCCAAAAGAAAUGCCCAAGCAGGAAGCUUCGAUUACGAAAGGCUUUCCAAACACAACGACUUCCCCGCUCUGAACACAUAUGAUUGGUCACCAGCAAUCCGAGGACUCGUGGCUUUGGGGACAUCUCACGGAGAGGUCAACCUGCUACGGGUUGACGAUGACUCAAAUGAUCAUUUUACCCUGCCCCUGACGCUCAAAAGGUCCUGUCAGUCCGUGGCCUUCAACACCACUGGUCUUCUUGCAAUCGGCCUGGAUAGAAUCCGGAAUGAUUCUUGUCUCAAAGUAUGGGACGUAAACGAAAGACUGGCUGACUGGGACGUCAAGAAACCGGGCUGGGGCGUAGGGAAGGAGAAUAAGGAAGCCGAACCCAUGAAGAAGCUGGAAGGUAGUGUGGCUGUCACGAGCGUCAGGUUUUUUGAGGAUUCGCCACAAACCCUAGUCAUUGGUAUCAAGAAUCAGAGCGUUCGCAUCCAUGAUCUUAGAGAUUUAGAUCCAAACUCGGCUGUAAUCAAUUUCCCGACGAGGUGCAACAACAAUCUUGCAAUCGACUAUGAUGAUUGCAACUACUUCGCUUCAUCAUCUCUAGACCAGCCUGGACUGGUAGUUUGGGACCGCCGUGUCUCUGGACGUUCUUCAGCCUCUCCUAUGUAUCUGGAAUCCUUUGAUCAGGAAGAAAUACCAUGGGGUGCGACUUUGAAACUGGAUCGCGCUAUUGAGGUUGAGAGGACCGUCCAUAUUAAACAGCUGAGAUAUUGUAGAGAGCACCGUGGGACCCUAGGCGUCCUGUCGUCAGCUGGUCAGCUCCAAGUCAUCAAAACAAACAAGGAAUACAUAGAGCCAGGAUCUGUAGAUGAUAUCCGCGGGAGCCCCAAACUACUGGAAGUCGGGAAGUCUUUUAGCUUGGAACAUCCCUAUUUUGACCCCGAUCACAAACAAAGACCCGAAGACCGUAUUAUCUCUUUCGAUUGGGUGAAUGUUGGUACUUCAGAUCUUGACCCUCGCGUUAUAGCGUUGAGGGCAAAUGGGAAAUUCGAAAUACUGCAGUUACCUUCCGCCACUGCGGGCCACCUGUCGCAACUAUUACCUUGGGGUACUCGCCGCGAUGGUCUACCCUCGACGGCACUCCUAAAUUUUAAGGAUCCAAUUGAACAGGAAGCGACUAUCGGCCCCUUAUUUGCAGCUGCAGCGAAAGCCAACGCUCCUGUUUUUGGACCUGACGAAUUCAGCUCGGCAGAAGCAAUUCGGAAGUUAACGACUACGAUCAAGAAAGCAGUACAUUCAAAAGACAAUCCUGUGAUCGAUCUAUUGGCGCCAGCAGAUUCGGCAAUGCCUCAAUCGUCGAAGGAUUUGGGCGAUAAGUUCUCAAAAGUCAGCAUUGAUUCUAAGACUGACAAGGACAGCCCUGGUAAUCUUGAAUUGUCAGAGACAGGUGGCAGUAGGAGAUCUCACUCCAGCACAAAGUUCCGUGACCGAUCCCACUAUUAUACCUCUGGUACUUCUCCAGAAACAAAAACUAAGGGCGAGUUAAUCGAUACUACCAUGCUUCGCCGUGCCCUUGGUGGUUACUUGUUUGAUUGCAAGAAGAAUUGGGAGAUCACUGCAGGCGAUCAAUGCCUGCAAGAGGUCUGGGAAUGGAUCGCAGACGCUGAAAACUCCACGAAAGACGAUGGAAUGGUCUCAGGGUCCUUUGACUUGAGCUAUAUGGGUGUUUAUACUGUGUGGAUGAACUCACUUGGUGAAAAGGCAAAGUCUCGUCUCGUCUCUGGUUCAAUUAUUCCCGAUGAUUCUCAAUGGGAACGAAUCAUUGCUGGUAUUAACAAACAAGCUGGACGCCGAGACUUUGAAGGUCCAAGCACAGAAAAGCCGCAUCACCGACAGCUGUGCCUCUCAAUGUGUGGCGUGCUUAGAUCAGCUACUGAAAUUGAGGAGGAUUUGAAUGAUCUGGUCAAGCAAGAGAAGUACACUAGGGCUGCUGCCUUGGCCCUCUUUGAGGGACUUGCAACUCGCGCUGUUGAUAUUCUCAAGAUCGGCGGCACGGAGCUUCUUUUUGUAGCAAUGGCGCUUGACAUCAAACUCAAGAGCAACACCGCAUUGGAUCUUGGUGCAACAGAAUGGACCAAUGCUCUCGAUAGUCACCCUCAAAUGGCCCAUGAUCCAUAUCUCCGGGCCAUAUACGGCUUCAUCACUACCGGAGAUUGGUCAUCUGUCGCAGACGAAGCUUCUCUACCACUCCGUAGUCGAACUGGAGUUGUGCUUCGAAAAUUUGAUGAUGCCAAGUUGACAGAUUGGCUCACAAAACAAAUGGAGCAAGCAGUCAGCACAGGAGAUAUCGAGGGCAUCGUUUUGGCGGGCAUCACAGAAAACAUGGUCGACAUCCUAGCAAAGUACAUUGAGAAGUUCAUGGACUACCAGACCCCAAUUCUCAUCAUGUCGUUCUGCUAUCCUCGAUAUAUCAGCGAUGUUCGCUGCGGAGCGUGGCGUAAGAACUAUCAAAACCUACUGCAACGAAACAAGAAGUUUAUCCUGCGAGUCAAAUUUGAGCAGCAAUCUACAGCUAAGAGUCGUCUCCGCAAUGGCAAGUCUGUCAUCACAGCACCACCUCGACAAGUCACUAUUCGGUGCUUGAACUGUGACGCUCAGUCUGCACACGACUUGUCAAAUUCCACUGCGGCACCAUCAUCGAUGUCUGGCCCAUCAAGCACCACUGUCGAUACUCGCAACCCCCUCACGGCUUCAGGCUACAACGCUGGUCUCUGUUGUCCAAAAUGUGGUUCCCAUCUCUCUCGGUGCGCUGUGUGCAUGGAGGUUGUGGGGGUUCCUCGCUCCGAUCGCCCUGAGUUGUCGAAUGAUCCUGCCAUUAGCCGUAUGGCUAACUUUCCAACUUUCUGUCUCAAAUGCAAGCAUGUCAUGCAUAUGGAUCAUUCGGUUGCUUGGUUCAGCCGCCAUGUCGAGUGUCCGGUCCCUGAGUGUCGAUGCCAGUGUAACGAGAGCACGCAUCGUUAG